GCAGGUCUUCGUCAGUCUCCUAAGUACUCCUGAAUGUGGGCUACUCCUGGCAGCUGAAGCUCUUGCGUUGCUGCCAUGAUGGCGUUUUGAGAAGGCCGACAGCUGGCAAAGUGUUCUAGCACAACAAGACUCUGAGUUUUUUCGUGAAGUGUCCGCCAUCGCCUCGCCGGAGAAAUGAAGUUAGGCCGAGCAGGGAACUUCGACGGCCGCACGUAUACGACGGAUGGCUUCCCCCACGAACAUCUGGCCAAUGGCGCAGGACCCCUCAUCGUGGGGGCAUGCGUUGGGACUGCGAUGUUCGCAUUCAUUGUGGCCGCAGCGAGUUAUGCCUGUUACCGGAAGAAGACUCUCGCUGCCCUGCAAUCCCCUGGCUCUUACCAACUCCAACAUUCCCUGAAGAAGAACAACGGCUACAAGGACGGAAAACUCAAUGGGCCGGGGGGUCUCGUGUUCAGGAAAACUCCUGCCGUACGGAGCCCGACAGGAGGAGGAUCCGGCCCGAUUCUGAAGACAUCACCGUCACCCACCGGAAGCAAGAGCCCUCCAUCUGUGACCACGUCGCCGACGCAAGGAGGACGCACUGUCCUUUCCGGCCCGCAGCCGCAUCCACCGCUUACGAAGCCGGUCGUUCAACAGCAUAAGCCCACACCGGCCGAAAGUCCCGAAUCGAAAAUCGAGCGGGAGACCAUGGACGAUGAGAAACCCAUGCGACUCGGAGAGCUUCAUUACAAACUCCGGUACUCGACUGACAAGCAAGCUCUCUUCGUGACGAUUAACAAAUGUUGCAACCUUCCACCAGCGAAAGAUCCUGCAGCUGGGUCCUCAGACCCAUACGUCAAACUUCAGCUGCUGCCCGAAAAGCAGCACAAAGUGAAGACUCGCGUCGUUCGCAAAACGACGAAUCCCGUCUACGACGAGGAUUUCACUUUUUACGGAGUGACCGCAAACCAAGCGGUCACCGGCACCUUGCACUUCGUCGUCCUCAGUUUUGAUCGCUACUCGAGAGAUGACGUCAUCGGCGAAGUGCUCUGUCCCGUAGCCGAACUCAUUCGUGGAGAAUCUCUGCACGACCAAGAAGUAUCCUUCAUCAAAGAGAUCGCGCCACGUCAUUUCAAGAUCAAGAGCCAGGGACGCGGAGAGCUCCUCGUUUCGCUUUGCCAUCAGCCAGCUGCGAAUCGUUUGACUGUUGUCGUACUGAAAGCUCGCAAUUUGCCCAAAGUGGACGACAGUGGACUCUGCGAUCCGUACGUGAAGAUGUAUUUGCUGUACAACGGACAGCGUAUAGCCAAGAAGAAAACUCACGUCAAGAAGCGAACCGUGAACCCGGUGUUCAAUGAGUCGUUUGUUUUUGAUGUCCCUUACAACGAGGGGCUCCAUAACCUCAGUAUUGAGCUCUUGAUGCUGGAUUGGGACCGCGUCACCAAGAAUGAAGUCAUUGGCCGCCUCGAACUCGGAGCCAAGGUCGAUUCGGGUGCUGCACGCCAGCACUGGACGGACGUUUGCAACUCGCCGCGCAGGCAGAUCGCCGAAUGGCAUAAACUCAAGGAGUAGAUGGACUUGUCCUCAUAUUACAGAUAAGACGUUCAGACGAGUAGACGGACAGGGGAAGUGCGGGAGUACGACAAACUCGGAGCGAGGUGAUAAAUAUUAUGCGAGCUACGGAGCUGAAAUGGAAGACGACGGAAUUGCCCCCUUUAUCGAAUUACGUAGCUUGCGAAAAUCCGACUAUUUUUCUUUGCUCUCGAUCGCUUAUCAUCACCCCAUUCGAUUUCCGCGGUCCGGCGGAAUACAGUAUAUAUCCCCGAAGGAAGGUAUCCUUGACCACGAGGGAUUCCCGAGGAGUCCUCCACAACCGGGCUGACUUUCCCCAAAUUGAUUCGGCCCGGACAUCCUCGAAUUUUGUUCCGGCAUUUCGGAUGAUUUCGUGAACAUUUUACAAGCCUGAUUCAAUAAGGCCACCGUCUAGACAGGCCCUACGGUGGCUUUCUGCCCGGGUUGAAGGAAAGUAUAUCCUCUCGGAAGCGAUCGGAUGAAACUUGAACUCUGGCGGAAUGCUCAGAUGGAUCGUGGUUCACGCUGAAAUGGCUUUCGACUCGGAUAAGCGGCCCCAGAGCCAAUUUCAUUCUUCAAGCCACAGUUCACCCCCCACAGUUUUUCGGGAGGCGAUGAGGUCGAAAACAAAAUGAAGCAGGGACAAAAAACAGCGAGCAAAGCACACCCUUGUUACGUAGCGACCGGAGAAGGAUUAUAAAAGAUACAUAUAUAUAUAUAUUUUAUGUCACUCUGAUUCGCUAAUGCUGUAGACUUCGCGGUUUUCUUUCGUCGAUUCCCACAUUAAACAACAAGAGUACGCUCCCUGAUUAAAGCCGGCAACGAAGUCUCCGAACUAGAUAGAGUAAAUUAGCGACAAUUCCGACGAAAACGCCAAUAACCAGUUCUGGGUCCCCAAGAAGGUCACACCUCCGUAGUCACGAUCAGUACUGACACUGACCGCCGUUCUGAGGUGUACCGAAACUGAAAUCGAGUGUCGUUGGCGCUUCCCGACCCAGUCCCCGGAACUCCACCGUCUGCGAAACGGAAGUGGACUGGAGUGAAUCGAUCUCAAUAAAAUAGAAACACCGAAGAACACAGA